AUGGCGUCCCGCUUCUACGGGUGCUACCUGCUGGUCUCCCUGAACCCCGAAGCACGCAUCCGCAACUACAUUGGGUUCACCGUCAACCCCCCGCGCCGGCUGCGGCAGCACAAUGGCGAAAUCACAUCCGGGGCCUGGCGCACCAAGCGGGGCCGGCCCUGGGAGAUGGCCCUGGUGGUGUACGGCUUCCCCACCCAAGUGGCUGCGCUGCAGUUUGAGUGGGCGUGGCAGCACCCGGACAAGAGCAAGGUGGCGCGCACCGUGGUGGCGGGGCUGAAGAAGCACCAAAAGUAUGGCACCGCCGGCAAGAUGCGCCUGCUGGCUGGCAUGCUACAGCUUCCUCCCUGGCGCUACUUCCCCCUGCGGCUGCACAUCAUGUCCGAGGAGCACGCCAAGACCUUCACGGGUUGCUGCCGCGGACCGCUGCUGUUCCCCUUGGUGGUGGCGCCCCUGGACGAGGUCCCGAGCAGCGUGGGCACAGGCGAGGGCCCGGCAGACGGCGAGGCGGAGACAGAUGGGGAGGAGCCGGCUGCGAGGCAGCGCACCCCCAAGAAGCGGAGCAAGGAGGAGCAAGAAGUGGAGGUGCAGCUGCAGCAGCAGCCAGCAGGGGCGGCGCUGGGCGGCUCGGGACCUGGUGGCCUGGAGGUGGCGCCGCAGCAGCCGCAAAAACAGCGGGCGCGGAAGAAGGCGCAGGCAGCGACCAGCGGCGGCGAUGCAGCGAGGGAUGCAGGGGAUGCAGCCAAGCAGCGGGCCCCUCGAGCACAGAGGCGCCUGCCGACGGCGCCCUUUUUGAACUCAUGUGGUGCCGGCGCCGUGGAUGCCGUGGCCACAGCUACAGAGAAACGUGGUGUCAGCGGCAGCGAGCUGUCAGUGGUGCUGCAGCAGCUUUCUGCUGAGCUGGCGGAGCGGCACCCUGAGCUGCAGCUGCCUGUGGGUCGGCCGGAGGUGCUGCUGCCGCUGCUGCAGAAGCUGCUGGCCAGCGGUGCUAGCGGCUUGCUGGGAUCCGCAUGCGGCGUCGGUGACGCGGCGCCUGCAAUCAAGGCAGCGCGGGGACGGCGGCCACGUGCGCCGCGCGGCAAACCUGCCGCCAAGCGCACUGGCGGUACGAGGGCGGCAGGCCGCUUUCAGCCAGAGGUGUGCAGCAGCAGCGGUGGUGCCAGCAGCAGCGGUGAUGGCUGGGAGUCGCCUGCGCCUCUGGCUCAAUGCAUCGUCGCCGGCCACGCUGCGGCCCCUGCGGUCCCGAACGCUCCGUCGGGUGGAACCAGCCCCAUGUGGAUCGGGUCGGAGCCGCGGCCGGGUCGUGGAUCCAGCAGCCCCUCCCUAGAGGGCCUUUCACCGGCGCCGCUCAUGGCGCGUCUGCGGCUGGGCCGCGCCGUUGCAGCCCUCGAGCCACGCGUGGCGCCCGCCUCUUGGCAGCCCAUCGAGCAAGAGCGCAGGGAGCUGGAGGGCCGCGACAGCGAGCCAGAGCCGCCGCAGCAGCAGGAGCAACAGCUGCAGGAGGUUGGCAGCGGCUUCAGGGUUGUCAGCUUGCUGCGGGGCGAGGAUGCUGCUGCCGGCCUCCGGCGGCGGCAGCGGCUGAAUGGCUCCACGCCGGCAGCGAUGCGGUGCACCCAGCAGCACGGUUCUGCCGUCAAUGUCUGUGGCAUGGUUGAGAUUACAAGUGACUAA